AUGAAAGAUCACCGGAAUCUGCUUAUUGCUUUCUAUGCCUUUCUUCCAGCUGAGGCUAAGAUAACCAUCCCUCACGAGGCUGAGCAACCACCGCCCGAGCCUGAGCAACCUACUCCUUCUGAUGCAUUGGAUUUUUCAAAAAAGGUUCAGGAAGCAUUUUGUGAUGAACCUGCAAAAUAUGAAGAGUUUUUGAAGCUCUUGAGUGAUUGUAGAGCUCAUAGAGUCGAUCUCACUAGUACCAUUGCGAGGGCUGAGCAACCGCCUGCGCCUGAUAAUAACAAAAGAAAACGUGCUGGAAGUUUUAUGAGCAAGCUUAAGACAAGGUUUCAGAGCAUUGAUCCUCACGUAUACAAGUCAUUUCGCGAGAUAUUGAAAAUGUAUCUAGAAGUGAACAAGCCCACAUAUGAGGUGUAUGAGGAGGUCGUUACCUUUCUUGAGGGUAAUGACGAUUUAGUCAUGAAGCUUUCCGACUUUUUCAAUGGACCAUCAUCAAUUUCAGCUCCUACUAGAGAUAGUUAA